AUGGCCAACCAUGACUGGCAAGCCCAAGUGCGGCUCCAUGGCCUGGAGCUCCCAGGUGUAAUCAUUGGAGACCCUCAGCUCAUUGUCUUCCUCGCAGCAGGUGCUGGCCCUCUUGAAGAAGAUCUGAGCAGCUUACUAUCAUGGCAGCCAAAGGAUGUAGCCCCAAGCCAGGAGGAGGCCUGCAGGGCAGGCACACUGGAGCAGCUGGUGGAUCACUUGGUGCUUGCCCAGCUGACCGGGGACCACUUCUUCGUCCCCACCUUCCUAUCCACUUACCGAAAAUUUGCCAAACCCCAGCAGGUACUGGACCUGCUGUUCCAAAGUUUCACUAGGUGUGAGGCUCUCCAAGAGUCUUCUAAACAGGAUGAAAUCCUCCCUUGCUCCAGCCAGGAUGGCAUGCAACAGGACCAACUCAGAAAUGCCAUCUCAUCUAUCCUGGGCAUGUGGCUGGAUCAGUACUGGGAGGACUUCUGCCAGCCUCCGCAGUUUCCCUGUCUCAGGCAGCUCCUGGCUCACCUGAAGGUCUACAUGGCAGGAACGGACGUGGAGGGCCGUGCCCACCUUCUCCUGGCUCAGAUGGAGGCCCAAGAACAAAGCCAGGCAGAGCCUGAUGGGACCACAGAGAAUGUGCUGAGCAAGGAGAAGCCUGAUGUCCUGGCCUUCCCUCCCCCGCUGGUGGCAGAGCAGCUCACGUGGAUGGAUGCGGAACUGUUCCAGAAGGUGCUGCCCCACCACUGCCUGCUCUCUGUCUGUUCCCAGAGGGACAAAAAGGACAUGGAGAACUUGGCCCCCACCAUCCGGGCCACCUUUACCCAGUUCCACAGAGUUUUCUCCUGCGUCCUCACCACCUGCGUUGGAGAUCACAGCAUGCAGGCCUGCAACAGGGCGCGUGUGCUGGAGCAUUGGAUCAUGGUGGCCAUGGAAUGCCGAGUCCUGAGGAACUUCUCCUCCCUCCAUGCCAUCGUCUCUGCUCUGCAGAGCACGGCCAUGCAGCGCAUGCAGAACACAUGGCAUGAGGUCUCCAGAGACAGCUUGCAGGUGUUCCAGAAGCUCUCAGAGAUCAUUUCUCCUGCGUGCUAUUACUUCAGGACCAAAGUGCUGCUAUUCCAGGAGCCUUGCGACUUUGCCUCCAAGGACAAGAAGGCCAAGAGAGGCCAGAAGCAGUCAGAGGAGAUGGUUAGGAUCAAGGGCACCAUUCCCUACCUGGAAACAUUCCUAUCAGACUUCAGGAUGAUUGACACUGCCUUUAGGGAUUUCCUGGAUGAGGGAAUCAUCCAUUAUGAGAAAUUGCGAAAGGAAUAUACAAUCAUGGAGCAACUGAAGCAGCUACAGUCAAGCUGCAGCUAUGACCAUAUCACACCAAAUGAGAAUUUUCUGGCCUGGUUCAGGAGCCUGGAGCGGCUCAGCGAGGAAGCCAGCUGUCAGGCCCAGAGCACUGGCCUCAGUACCAGUGGCAGCUCCCAGUUCAAGUCAUUGGAGCAGGACAAGUGUGGCCCUGACACCAGCAGCACAGACAACACUGGAGUGCACUGCAACAGCACUGGGAAGUCAGCAGGAGCUUCCAGCUCCUACCCGGAGCUCAACAGGAGCCUCAUGGGAGAAUCCUCAGAAGACCAGGAAAAGCUCAAGGCAUCAUCCUGCCAGUCCAUUCCAGGGACUUUGGCGAUCAACCUGGCCUCUCCCAGCCAAUCCUCACCCACAGACUCCAGUACACCUGAGACCACCACAGGAAACAGUCAGAGCUGCGUUUCAGGACACACCAGUGACAGCUCCUCCCGGCAUCCAUAUACCAGGCAGGGAGACUCCUGUGUCAUCAGGGUGAUCCUGCCUGUGGAAAACAAACGUUUAUGCAGAAGCAUCUUGGUGACCAACCAGGAGAAGACCCGAGACGUCAUCCUCAAGGCCAUGAGGAAGUUCAGGGUACGGAGAUACAAGCCAGAAGACUUAGAGCUGGUGCAGAUCAUCUCCCAGGAUCAAAAGCUGAGGAUCCCUGAUGAUGCAAAUGUAUUCUAUGCGUUGAAGACUAUGGACUUCUACCAUGUGGUGCUUCGGAAGUACACCUUCCCCCUGAGGACAAACGUCAAGCAGGGAUCCAGCUCCAGCCUCUUUCACACGAAGAGAAGUACAUCAUGCAAAUCCUAA